CGACGUCACAUUCUCUUUGAUAUGGAUGAGAAAAAAAAACUCAUUUAUCAUGGGAGUUUUUUUUGAGGAAUUUUCUCAAUUUUAAAAAGGAAACAAAUCUCAUUACAAAAAAGGGAAAUAUAAUAAAGAAAUGUAAAUUUGGCAUUUCCCUCGCUUAUUAAGUCAUUUAAUAUUUCCAAGAAGAGCAAUAAAAUCUGCCGUUUCGUUUUCUCUUUCUCAUUCAAUUCAAGAAGAAGAAGAAAAUCUCGGCCCAAAAAGUUUCUUCCUUUUGUGUCCCCCUUUGAAGUCUUAAACCCUAAUCUAUCACUGUCUGUGAAUCAACGCCUCCCUGCGUUUGUUUUUCCGAAGAUGAUCAUCGCAAAAAGCUUCCUCCUUUUGCUCUGUUUCAUCGCCUUGGUGAACGGGGAAUCGAGCCCUGAUGAGGCGGUCAUCAUGAUAGCUCUGAGAGACUCCCUGAACCUAACUGGAAGUCUCAACUGGUCCGGUUCGGAUCCUUGUAAGUGGUCGCUUGUACAAUGCGACGACACAAGCAAUAGGGUCACCGCGAUCCAAAUCGGGGGCAAAGGAAUCUCAGGAACGCUACCUCCUGAUCUCGGAAAUCUAACAUCUUUGACUAAGUUCGAGGUCAUGAGGAACCAUUUAACAGGGCCAAUCCCGAGUCUUGCUGGGUUGAAAUCGUUGGUAACGGUGUAUGCUAAUGACAAUGAUUUCACUUCUGUCCCUGUGGAUUUCUUCACUGGUUUGAGUUCUCUUCAGUCUGUGUCUCUGGAUAACAAUCCUUUUGUUUCUUGGAAAAUCCCUCCGAGUUUGGAAGACGCGACUGCUCUAGCAGAUUUCUCCGCUGUCAACUGCAAUCUUUCAGGGGAAAUCCCGGGUUUUCUCGGUGGAAAAAAUUUCUCUAGUUUGACGACUCUGAAACUUUCUUAUAAUUCGCUUGUAGGUGAACUUCCGAUGAAUUUCUCCGAAUCACGUGUUGAAAUUCUGAUGCUUAACGGGCAAAAGGGAGCGGAGAAGCUCCAUGGGUCAAUUUCGGUUCUGCAAAACAUGACUGCUUUAACCAAUGUUACGCUGCAAGGGAACAGCUUCUCGGGUCCUUUACCAAACUGUUCUCGUCUAGUCUCGCUGAAAAGUUUUAAUGUUAGGGAGAAUCAGCUUACGGGCCUUGUUCCCCCCUCUUUGUUUGAGCUUCAAUCUCUUUCUGAUGUGGCUUUAGGCAAUAACUUGCUCCAAGGACCAACUCCAAACUUCACGGCUCCCAACAUUAAGCCUGAUAUGACUGGGCUCAAUAGUUUCUGCUUAGAUACCCCAGGUACUCCUUGUGAUCCCCGUGUCAACACGUUGCUUUCAAUCGUUGAAGCCUUUGGUUACCCGGUGAAUUUUGCGGAGAAAUGGAAAGGAAAUGAUCCUUGUAAUAGAUGGGUAGGGAUCACUUGUACUGGAACUGAUAUCACUGUUAUUAACUUCAAAAACUUGGGGCUCAACGGCACUAUCUCUCCACUGUUUGCUGAUCUUGCGUCUCUUCAGGUUAUUAAUCUCUCUCAGAAUAAUCUUAGUGGUACUAUUCCACAAGAGCUCACUAAGUUGAGUAACUUGAAAACUCUAGAUGUUUCGAAUAAUCGGUUGUGUGGUGAAGUACCGGUUUCUAACACAACUAUUUUUGUUGUAAUCACGAGUGGGAAUUCCGAUAUAAAUAAGGAAUGUCCUAAAUCUUCCGGGGAUGGUGGCAAGAAAGCAUCUCGCAAUGCUGGGAAAAUUGUUGGUUCUGUUAUUGGCAUUUUGUUAGCUUUGCUUCUCAUCGGAUUUGCUAUCUUCUUGUUGGUCAAGAAAAAGAAGCAAUAUCAUAAGAUGCAUCCUCAACAACAAUCUAGUGACCAAGAUGCAUUCAAGAUUACAAUUGAGAAUCUGUGUACUGGUGGUAGUGAAAGUGGAUUCAGUGGUAAUGACGCUCAUCUAGGAGAAGCUGGGAAUAUUGUGAUCUCAAUACAAGUUUUGAGAGAUGCUACAGAUAAUUUCGACGAGAAGAAUAUACUUGGCAGAGGAGGAUUUGGAAUAGUUUACAAGGGAGAGUUGCAUGAUGGAACAAAGAUUGCGGUUAAGAGAAUGGAGUCUUCGAUUAUAAGUGGAAAGGGUUUAGAUGAAUUUAAAUCAGAGAUUGCUGUUCUUACUAGAGUUCGACACCGUAACCUAGUGGUUCUUCAUGGUUAUUGUUUAGAAGGCAAUGAGAGGCUUCUGGUUUAUCAGUACAUGCCACAAGGGACAUUAAGUAGGCAUAUGUUUCAUUGGCAGGAAGAAGGUUUGAAGCCACUCGAGUGGACUAGACGGUUGAGUAUCGCAUUGGAUGUGGCUAGAGGAGUGGAGUAUUUGCAUACUUUAGCGCAUCAAAGUUUCAUACACAGAGAUCUCAAACCUUCUAAUAUUCUUCUUGGAGACGAUAUGCAUGCUAAAGUUGCUGAUUUUGGUUUAGUCCGGCUUGCGCCAGAAGGUACACAAUCAAUUGAGACCAAAAUUGCUGGAACAUUUGGUUAUCUUGCACCAGAAUAUGCAGUGACCGGAAGAGUUACAACAAAGGUUGAUGUUUACAGCUUCGGAGUCAUCCUCAUGGAGCUACUAACGGGUCGAAAAGCUCUUGAUGCCACGCGAUCUGAGGAAGAAGUACAUCUUGCCACAUGGUUUAGGAGAAUGUUUAUCAACAAAGACUCGUUUCCAAAGGCGAUCGAUCAAACAAUUGAGGUCAACGAAGAGACACUUGGAAGCAUCAACAUAGUAGCUGAGCUUGCCAAUCAAUGUAGCUCCAGGGAACCGCGAGAUAGACCCGACAUGAAUCACGUGGUCAACGUGUUGGUCUCACUUGUUGUACAAUGGAAACCGACAGAGCGAAGCAGUGACUCCGACGAUAUCUAUGGAAUCGAUUACGAUACUCCUCUUCCUCAACUUAUUCUUGAUUCGUCUUAUUUUGGAGAUAAUACUCUGAUGAGCAUACCGUCGCGACCUUCGGAGCUUGAAAGCACAUUCAAAUCAGGACAAGGGAGGUAAAAUGUGUUAGAGAAUUAGCUGGAACCUGGAAGUAGAAAUGUUUUGUUGUUGGAUGAGUUCUUGUUUUAGGUUUUCGAAUAGUGAAUAUUAUCUUGUUGGUUACCUUGUUUUUCAAUUUAGGGAGUCCUAUUCGCACGAGUGGAACCCAUAUGCUUAAAUUGGACACGUGUUUUGGUCCCUUGUCGUAGACCAGCUGGAUUGAGACGUUCUAGAUAUUUAGAAAGUUUACGUUGGGCAAUGGCAUUGACUCAAGAAUUUAGUUCGAUUGAUGUUUCAUUUGACAUGUAUAAUUCGAUUUACAUGAUUUUUUUUUUUU